CGGUCAUUUCAUUUUGCUCUUAACCAAAAUACAAUAUAAUAUAGUAAGUUGUAAUUAUGUAAUAAUUCCUCUGAUAAAUAAUUUGACAAAAGCGGUAGCAAACAAACCUAACCAAUAGGGCACCCUCUGCUAAGGUGGGGACAUGACAGGUGACAGUAACAUGUUUUCCUUCUAUGACGUAAGGAACAUUCUUUUGAACUUACUCAUAUUAAAGCUUCACUCACACAGGACGCGAGAGAACCUUCUCUGUUCUCGUGCGGCUCCACUUCAGCACUCUUGUCCCGGGGAGUGAGUCGGCUACGGCAAGGGAAUCUGCAAUUCUGAGAUGGGAUGGGUUAACCCUCAUUUAACAUUGUGUUCCACCAGGUGAGAAGAGUGAUGACCAUCCUGUUCCUUACUAUGGUUAUUUCGUACUUCAGUUGCAUGAAAGCUGCCCCCAUGAAAGAAGCUCCUGCCCUCCGUGGGCACGGCAGCCCCGGCUACCCCAGCGCACGGAGCCACGGGACUCUGGAGAGCGCGGGCGGGCCGGAGCGGGGAAUGCCGUCGCUAGCGGACACCUUCGAGCAGGUGAUCGAGGAGCUGCUGGAGGGGGGAGGCGAGAAGCAAGCCAGCGCUGCGGUGACGCGAGGGGGCACGGAGUCCAAGGACACGGACUCCUACACAUCGCGGGUGAUGAUCAGCAGCCAAGUGCCUUUGGAACCCCCUCUGCUGUUUCUCUUAGAGGAGUACAAAAACUACUUGGACGCGGCGAACAUGUCCAUGAGGGUCCGUCGUCAUUCAGACCCCGCCCGCAGGGGAGAGCUCAGCGUGUGUGACAGUAUUAGCCAGUGGGUGACGGCCGUAGACAAGAAGACGGCCAUAGACAUGUCAGGACAGACGGUCACCGUCCUGGAGAAGGUCCCAGUACCCAACGGUCAACUGAAGCAAUACUUUUACGAGACCAAAUGCAACCCCGUUGGAUACACCAAGGAUGGGUGCAGGGGAAUAGACAAGAGGCACUACAAUUCACAGUGUCGGACCACCCAGUCCUACGUGCGUGCACUGACCAUGGAUAGCAAAAAAAAAAUUGGUUGGCGCUUUAUAAGAAUAGACACUUCUUGUGUAUGUACACUUACCAUUAAGCGGGGGAGAUAGUGAAUUAAAUGUUGUAUAGAUUUUAUUGAGAGAAAAAGAGAAAAUAUCUAUUUGUAUAUAUACAUAACAGGGUAAAUUAUUCCGUCAAAUGAAAAUUUUAUGGACUGCAUGUAAAAAAAACUAAAAUAUAUAUGAGGUUUAUACAGUAAAGUGGUAAUACAGUCUAUUUAUUGAACAUAUCCAUGACUUUAAGAAAAAUUAAAAGAAUAAAAAAAUAAUAAUUUACAGUCAUUUGCGCACAACUUAAAAUAAGUCCUGUAUUACAUUCCUCAAAACAUUGUGGUUUGUUUACGUUGCCAAGAAUUUGAAAAAAAAA